AUGGAAGAAAUGGCUAUUAUAGCGACGAACAUCACAGAAGCAAAACAAAAACGCGCCCUUUUAUUACAUUAUGCUGGCCCGGCCGUAGACAAAAUCUUCGAUACUUUAUCUGAUACCGGCGAAGACAAGGACUAUAAAGAAGCAGUAGACGCUCUGAAUGCAUACUUUUUGCCUCAAGUUAACUCAACAUUCAAAGAGUACAAUUUUCGCCAAGCAAAACAACAACACGGAGAAAAUAUUGACGCAUAUAAUACCCGGCUGAGACAACUCGCGAUUUUACCGACGUCGAUAAAGAAGUAAAAUCACAAAUAAUUAUUGGGUGUUUGUCACAACGUAUAAGACGACAAGCUUUGCGUGAUAAUCCAACUCUCAAAGAUCUACUAGCCGCGGGAAGAGCACAAGAGCGAAGCACAAGCCGAAGCCGUAGAAAAAGGCGUGCCACCCGUAAAUUCCAUCAAACACGAGCAAAGCCAAAGAGACACGAGAAACAGAAAAAAUCACGGAAAAUAUCAACAAUCGAAGUCCAGAUACUUUGGGAACGCUGGAAAUCAACAAAAAAAACCCCGGAAAUCGACAAUUUCCCACCAGAAAUCGACAAAUACCCCCGGGAAAUCAACAAAUACCUACUCAAAAAUGUCGCAAUUGUGGUGGAAUUUUUCCACAUAACGGCGACUGUCCUGCAAAAGGUAAAGAAUGUCGAGCAUGUGGGAAAAGCGGUCAUUUUGCCAAGGUUUGCAGAUCAAAACCCAAUCGACGCGAAAUCCACCAAGUAUCGGAAACCCCAUCAGAGGAACCCGAAUAUCUAUUCACCGUCCAAAACAACCAUCAACACAAUACGUCACCACUCUGUGAGGUACAUAUUGCUAACGAACCAGUUCAAACCAUCAUUGACUCAGGUGCCUCCGUCAACAUUAUUGAUGAAUCCACAUACGAAAAGAUCAGAAAAUAUAAUCAAAGUGCUGUGCUUACCACAUCACAGUCCAAGAUCUACACAUACGGCUCAAAUAUGGAACUGACACUCUUGGGUAUGACUACUGCAGAAAUUCGUUUCCGGUCAACCACAGUCACUGCAACCUUCUACGUCACCAAAGGACGAAAUGGAAACCUUUUGAGUUGA